UGGUCUGUCGUGCGCUGGCUGCUGCUUUUCUGCUCCUGGAAGCGGCCGAGGGGGGAAGCGGCGAGUCAACAUGGAGCUCUCGGCGGUGGGGGAGCGGGUGUUCGCGGCCGAGGCCCUCCUGAAGCGGCGCAUCCGCAAAGGGCGCAUGGAGUACCUCGUGAAAUGGAAGGGCUGGUCGCAGAAGUACAGCACGUGGGAACCCGAAGAGAACAUCCUGGAUGCCCGCCUGCUGGCAGCCUUCGAGGAGAGGGAACGAGAGAUGGAGCUCUACGGCCCCAAAAAGCGAGGACCCAAACCCAAAACCUUCCUUCUCAAGGCCCAGGCCAAGGCCAAGGCCAAGACCUAUGAGUUCCGAAGCGACUCCGCCAGGGGCAUCCGGAUCCCCUACCCCGGCCGCUCGCCCCAGGACCUGGCCUCCACCUCCCGGGCUCGCGAGGGACUUCGGAACAUGGGUCUGUGUCCACCAGGGAGCAGCAGCAGCACCUGCCGAGCGGAGCCCCCUCGGGAGCGGGAGCGAGAGCGGGAGCGAGAGCGAGAGCGAGAGCGAGAGCGGGGCGCCAGCCGUGUGGACGACAAGCCCAGCUCCCCCGGGGACAGCUCCAAGAAGCGAGGCCCCAAGCCCCGGAAGGAGCUCCUGGACCCCUCACAGAGGCCCCUAGGGGAGGCCAGCGACGGCCUGGCGGAGUAUCUCAAGGGCAGGAAGCUGGACGAUGCCCCUUCUGGGCCGGGGAAGUUCCCCGCCGGCCACAGCGUGAUCCAGCUGGCCCGGAGGCAAGACUCGGACCUGGUGCAGUGCGGAGUGACCGGCCCCAGCCCGGCCGAGGCCACCGGGAAGCUGGCUGUGGACACCUUCCCGGCCAGGGUCAUAAAGCACAGGGCCGCCUUCCUGGAGGCCAAAGGCCAGGGCGCCCUGGACUCCAGCGGCCCCAAGGUGCGGCACGGCUCUGGCACCCCUGGCUCAGGAGGGGGCCUGUACCGGGACGUGGGGGCACAGGGAGGAAGGCCCUCCCUCAUCGCCAGGAUCCCAGUGGCCAGAAUCCUGGGGGACCCAGAGGAGGAGUCAUGGAGCCCCUCCCUGACCAAUCUGGAGAAGGUGGUUGUCACCGACGUGACCUCAAACUUUCUGACCGUCACCAUCAAGGAAAGUAACACGGACCAAGGCUUUUUUAAGGAGAAAAGAUGAAUACCUGGGUGGGAGACCCCAGGACGGGAGAGCAGGCGGGGGCGAGCGCACCCUUGGCAGAGAGCUUUUGAUUUCUGGUGGGCCCCGUCCCUCUGGCCGGUCCUGUGCCCAGCGUAGCCCCUUCCCUUCCUCCCUCAUCAGUUUUGGCUGGAAACGUGAUCUCUAGAGUUAUAUUUUCUAUUAGAUGUAAAUAUGUUAUUUAAGAAAAAAUAUCUAAAUAUAUAUAUUUCAACUCUUGAAGUUGUUUUAUUUAAGCAAGGAGAGAGGGAGAAAGAGACUCUGUGUGGUUUAGCGGGGGUAGGCAAGUCGAGUUGGGGGCAGGAGGGGUCCCCAGCCCCCCUAGGGGCACCCUCGGAGGGCGUCUCGGGGUCUCGGCCUGCGCACCUCUGCCCUCCACCCCCUCCCCAAGCCCACUGCCAGGCUCUGGGCACCGAGGCAGGGCCCCGGGUCUUUGCUCUCUUCCCAUUGGCCAGCCAGGCCAACAAAAGGUUGGCUCCCCAAUCAGAAAAAAGGGGGGUGGGAUCAGUCUGAUUUUCCUUUUUUCUUUUUUAAAUAUUAAGAAAUCUGUUGGGGGGGGGGGAGUAUUACCUAGCAUAACUUCUUCGUGUGUGACGCUGGAGUUAAAAAGGCGCAGGAGGUGUCCUCCCGGGACCACGCCGGGAAACGCACUUUACGGGAGGCGCGCGUGUGUGUGCGGGACGCUCGCAGGCCGGGUGGACGUCGGGUGGAUGAACUCUGCCCGUUCCCUCCGUUCCUCUCCUUGCUCCGCAGAAAGAAACGAAAUGCAGCGAAUGUGUUUACAUUCCCGAAAUGCCAGGAUAAAUUGGGAGCAUUGCGCGGCGGUGCCCAGACCUCGACGCAGUUGUUUUCCAAGAAAAGCGCUCGGGUGGACGCUUCCCUCUCGAGUCCUCCAGUCUCGCCAGGAGACGGCGGCCCCCGCCUCGCAGGAAGAGUUGGAGGAGCGCUCCCCCCACCCCACC